UUGGACGUGAUACAAACUCUCCGCCUCUUGUCGCUGUUGUCUCCUGCGGUGUGCGGUGAAAGCCAGCCAAAAAGCACUAAAAUGGCGCUUACUUCCCAAGGAACAAAGAAAAAAGUUUGCUACUACUAUGACGGUGAUGUUGGGAAUUAUUACUAUGGUCAGGGCCAUCCCAUGAAGCCCCACAGAAUCCGCAUGACUCACAACCUGUUGCUCAACUAUGGACUUUACAGAAAGAUGGAGAUAUAUCGUCCACACAAAGCCAGUGGAGAGGAGAUGACCAAGUAUCACAGUGAUGAUUACAUCAAAUUCCUGCGCUCGAUCCGGCCAGACAAUAUGUCAGAGUACAGCAAACAGAUGCAGAGAUUUAAUGUGGGAGAGGAUUGUCCUGUGUUUGAUGGGUUAUUUGAAUUCUGCCAGCUCUCAGGAGGGGGCUCCGUUGCCGGUGCGGUCAAGUUGAACAAACAGCAGACGGACAUCGCUAUCAACUGGGCUGGAGGCCUGCAUCACGCCAAGAAGUCUGAGGCCUCUGGAUUUUGCUAUGUCAACGACAUCGUACUGGCUAUUCUGGAGUUACUGAAAUACCACCAGAGAGUUCUGUACAUAGAUAUUGACAUUCACCAUGGGGACGGUGUAGAGGAGGCCUUCUACACCACAGACCGCGUCAUGACAGUGUCCUUCCACAAGUAUGGGGAGUACUUCCCUGGCACAGGCGACCUGAGAGACAUUGGUGCUGGGAAGGGUAAAUAUUACGCCGUGAAUUACCCGCUGAGGGAUGGGAUUGACGAUGAGUCAUAUGAAGCCAUAUUCAAACCCAUCAUGGCCAAGGUGAUGGAGAUGUACCAACCCAGCGCAGUGGUUCUGCAGUGUGGAGCUGAUUCCCUGUCAGGAGACAGGCUCGGUUGCUUUAACCUCACCAUUAAAGGGCAUGCCAAGUGUGUGGAGUACAUGAAGAGUUUCAACCUCCCCCUGCUAAUGCUGGGCGGAGGAGGCUACACCAUCCGUAACGUGGCACGCUGCUGGACAUAUGAGACCGCUGUAGCCCUUGAUACCUCCAUCCCCAACGAGCUCCCAUACAACGACUACUUUGAGUACUUUGGACCAGACUUCAAGCUUCACAUCAGCCCCUCCAACAUGACCAAUCAGAACACCAAUGACUACCUGGAGAAGAUCAAGCAGCGCUUGUUUGAGAACCUGCGUAUGCUGCCCCACGCCCCGGGAGUUCAGAUGCAGGCCAUCCCUGAGGAUGCGGUGCAGGAGGACAGUGGAGAUGAGGAGGAGGACGACCCCAACAAACGCAUCUCCAUUCGGGCUCAUGACAAGAGGAUAGCGUGCGAGGAGGAGUUCUCUGACUCAGAGGAUGAAGGUGAAGGAGGUCGCAGAAACGCCGCCAGCUUCAAGAAAGCCAAGCGAGCUAAAACUGAAGGAGAGAAAGAGGGAGAAGAAAAGGAGAAGAAAGGUGAGGAGGAAACAAAAGAAGUCAAAGAAGAAGACAAGGCGCCAGAGGAGGAGAAAAUGGACACAUCAAAGCCAAAAGAGGAGUCCAAAACACCGUGAGGUCCUCAACAGUCCAGGAUGCCAAUGCAACUGAUGAGAACACAUCUUAAAGCAAGAUUCUUCUUUUUUUUUCUUUUUUUUUUUUUUUGAUAAAUCGUCUCCAGUCUGCCACUGUGGAAGUCAGUGAACUAUACCUUUAUAAUGAGACCCCUGUCCUUCAACAUGGGACAGGGACAUUUUCUAGGCCACCUUUUCAACCUUACCUGUUUAUGGACUGAGGUCAAACUGAGCGUUUUUGAGUAUUGUUUUUUUUUUUUUGUAUGCUUUCUUUUUUUAAAAAAUUCUUAAUCUUCUUAUUCUAUGACACUUGCUUUUCCCUCGUGAUGCAACUUUGUAAAAAUGGCGUAGUACAUGUAUGCUUUUAUAUAUCUGAUGGAUUUAAUUUAUUUAAAUCAUAGAUAUUUUUGGCUACCGUGUUUUGUCUUUCAGUCCCACUUUUGUCAUGUGUCUUUGAAUAUGUAGUUGAAGCAUGUUUAUACAAUAGAUCUUUUUCUGUAA